CAGAAGCAUCAAUCUCUCUCUCUCUCUCUCUCUCUCUCUCUCUCUGCUAACCUCAAGCAACAACACCCACCACAGCGCAAUUCGAAUUGCAUUGGUACUAGCCUGCAAUGGCCGCAAAAACUCCUUUGGUCGCAUUUCUUAUCGGCAUGACCAGCUUUCUCUUCGUCGUCGCCGGUCAAAUCAGUCCAUUGCCAUCUGGUGGCCAGCUCCCCGGCGACCUCUUCGCCCUCAACAUCGCUUCAAAGAUUCGCACGGAUCGCAACGCGACGACGAUGGCAUCAUCGGAUUUUGGCCGCAUCAUGGAGGCCGCUCCAGAAGCUGUCCUCCACCCAGCAACGCCCGCCGACAUUGCCGCGCUCAUCCGGUUCUCUACGUCCUCGCCGGCACCGUUCCCCGUGGCGCCGCGCGGGCAGGGCCACUCCGCCCGUGGGCAGUCACUCGCUCCAGGGGGCGUCGUUGUCGACAUGCGUGCGCUGGGGCACGGUCACCGCCGCAUCAAUGUGUCCGUGGGCGCGGGCUACGUCGACGCCGGCGGCGAGCAGCUGUGGAUCGACAUUCUCCAUGCCACACUACAGCACGGUCUUGCGCCCCGCGCGUGGACGGACUAUCUCCGACUCACCGUCGGCGGCACGCUCUCCAAUGCCGGCAUCGGCGGGCAGGCGUUCCGGCAUGGUCCGCAGAUCACCAACGUGCAGGAGCUGGACGUGGUCACCGGGACGGGUCAGCUGGUGACAUGCUCCCGUGAUAAGAGCCCGGACCUGUUCUUCGCGGUGUUGGGCGGGCUGGGCCAGUUCGGGGUCAUAACUCGGGCUCGGAUCGUGCUUGAGCCCGCCGCAAAGCGGGCGCGAUGGGUCCGCCUCGCCUACACGGAUGUGACUACGUUCACCAGGGACCAAGAGCUGCUCAUUUCCAAGAAGGCGAGCGAAGCCGGGUUCGACUACGUGGAAGGCCAGGUCCAGCUCAACCGAACGCUGCUCGAGGGUCCAGAGUCCACACCAUUCUUUUCCAGUGCUGAUAUCAGCAGGCUCGCCGGGCUCGUCUCCAGGUCUGGGUCCGGAGCCAUAUAUUUCAUCGAAGCUGCCAUGUACUACGACGAAGCAACCACCUCAGUGGACAAAAAAUUGGAGGCGGUGCUAGAGCAGCUAAGCUUCAUGCCAGGAUUCGUGUUCAUGAAGGACGUAACUUAUGUGCAGUUCCUCGACCGUGUUCGCAUGGAGGAGGAGGUGCUCCAAUCGGUCGGGGUGUGGGAUGUGCCGCACCCGUGGCUGAACCUCUUCGUGCCGCGGUCACGCAUCAUUGACUUCGAUACCGGCGUGCUUAAGGGCAUCCUUGGGGGUACCAAUCCUGUCGGGGUCAUCCUUAUGUACCCCAUGAACACCAACAAGUGGGACGGCCGGAUGACGGCAGUGGUGCCCCAAACUGACGAGGAAGUGUUCUACACCGUGGGGCUUCUCCGGUCUGCUGUGGCUGUGGGAGAUGUGGAGCGUCUCGAGAGGGAGAAUGAGGCGGUUCUGGCAUUCUGUACCAAGGAAGCCAUCCAGUGCAAGCAGUACCUGCCACAUUACACAAAGCAGGAUGGGUGGCGACGACAUUUCGGGGCUAAGUGGGACAGAACUGUCGAACUUAAGGCCAAAUACGACCCCCACAAGAUAAUGGCACCGGGACAGACAAUUUUUCGGUCACCGACUAUGUCAGCGGCCCAAUGACACCUCUAACAACAUGUAUUUAGUAGGAUUUUGUGUGUGGAAUGUACAUAAUAGGUGCUUAGUAGUUAGUAUGGUGCUUUUGACCCUUCUGUUCUAUUUUAGUUAAUGGAUGGUAAACAAGCAAUCAACAGAAAAUCUAGAAUGAAGAUACUUAUCAUGCA